AUGGUCAAAUAUUUCCAGGUACUGUGGUUGUUUUUGUUCUUCAUCAUGCUACAACUGGUGCUCCUAUCUGUUCCAGGUGCUCGAGUUUGGUGGCCCCCACAUGGAGUUAUUAAGAUCAAGUGUCCUUAUAAGAAAGUAAAUUUGAGCUGGUUCAAUAAAACAGUGGAUCCAUGUCCAGGCUUAAAGCAACCCAUCUGUGGCACCAAUUUUGUAACCUACGAUAACCCCUGCAUCUUAUGUCUUGAGAGCUUGAAGUCUCGUGGGAAAAUUAGAUUUUAUCACGAUGGAAGGUGUUAG